AUGGAGGCGAUGCGCGGGCGCGCGCCCGGCAUCCUGGUGGCGGUGGCGCACGGCGUCUUUUCGGGGAGCCUGAACAUCCUGCUCAAGUUCCUGAUCAGCAGCCUGCACUUUCGCUUCCUCACCUUGCUCCAGCUGUGCACGUGCGCCGCCGCCGCGCUCGGCUUGGAGAUCCUUCGCAGGCUCGGCAGGGUCGACGUGCCCGCUUUCAGCCUCAACCUUGCCAAGGAAUUUGCGCCAGUGUGCAUCCUGUCCACGCUACAGUCGACGCUGACGCUGUGGUCGCUGCGCGGCCUCAGCCUGCCCAUGUAUGUGGUCUUCAAGCGCUGUCUGCCCUUCUUCACACUGACCAUCGGGGUUUGCGUCCUGCGCAACGGCGUGCCCUCGCCCGGCGUGCUGGCCGCCGUGGCCAUCACCACCGGGGGCGCCGCGCUCGCCGGUGCGGGUGACCUGGGCGGCGACCCCUUCGGUUACGUGACGGGCGUCCUGACCGUCAUCGUCCACGCCUCCAAUCUAGUCCUCAUCCAGAAGACCGGCGCCGACAGCGAGCACGGAGCGCUCACGGCGCAGUACGCCAUCGCCAUCAUGGCCACUCCGGUCCUGCUGGUGUGCGCCGUGAUCUCGUCGGACGCCGUGUACAUGUGGUCGUACCCAGGCUGGAGCGACAUCCGCGUGGCGUCGCUCUUCCUGUGCAGCGUGGUCCUCGGCUGCGCCAUGAACUUCACCACUUUCCACUGCACUUACCUCAACUCUGCCGUCACCACCAGCUUCGUGGGCGUGGUCAAGAGCGUGGUCACCAUCACGGUGGGCAUGCUGGCCUUCGACGACGUGGCGCCCACCGCGCUAUUCGUCGGCGGCGUGGUGGUUAACACGGUGGGCUCCGUCACCUACUGCGUGGUCAAGUAUUUUGAGAUUAAGAAGAGGAGUUCCUACGACCGCCUGGAGGGCGGCGCCAAAGACGCGGCUCCCUCCGGUGAGUCGCGCGCCCUCGAUGCCCUGACUUCCGGUGAGCCGCGCCCCGUCGACGCCCCGGCGGAGAACGCGGACGAUGUGGGAGGCACGCCCGCCUUCACCGUGACGAACGAGAACGUGGCGGAGAAGCAAAAGGAACGGCCACGCGAGGACGCCGCGCCUUUGGGGCGGGCGUCGGGCGACUUUCUGGGCGUGUGGCGCUCUGUCAGGCAGCUGUGCUCGGCGAAGGGCGACCCGCUCAUCCACAACAUGGAGCAGCCGAGCCCUUGA